AUGGUCAGCACAAGAUCCCAAGAGUCUGACACAGAGUCAAUAGUAGCCACCACUAAGCCCUUGAAGGAGUAUUCACAACCCACAAUUUUAGAAGAGCCUUCUUGUAUCACAUUUCCUGAAAUUGAUGAUGUUUCGUUUGAGCUGAAAUCCGGCACCAUUGGUCUUCUUCCUUCGUUCUAUGGUAAAUCAAAUGAAGAUCCCAACAUUCAUAUUAAGGAUUUUUACAUAGCUUGUGGUGCGGUUCAUAUCAAGGGAGUUUCACAAGAAAUUGUGCGCCUGAGAUUGUUCCCCUUCACUCUCAAAGACAAGGCCAAGUCAUGGUUCACCUCUCUUCCUGCUAGAUCCAUCACGUCAUGGGAAGAACUUGCUAAAAAAUUCAUGAAGGAAAUCACGAACUUUGAACAAAAGCCUCAAGAAUCUUUUCAUGAGUGCUGGGAGAGAUUUUGUGAUCUACUACAACAAUGUCCUCAUCAUGGAGUGGAAACUUGGAUGAAAAUGCAGAUCUUUUACCAAGGACUAAUCUCAACUAGUAGAAAAAAUGUCGAUGCUGCGUGUGGAGGAGCUUUGAGUGAGAAAGAUCCUGAGGAGUGUUUCAAAACUUUUGAGAGAGUUGCUGCCAACAAUAUGAAAUGA